AUAUAUAAAAUCCCCGAGCAUGGCUAUGGUGCAACUCCAAAGCUCCGGUAACACACUCAGAAGAGCUUGGACUGCUAAAUUGCAAUUAGACUUUGGUUCGACUGAUUUCCGUGAAAACGACACGGCCCAUCAAUCUGAUGUGAAUCACGGCAUUACCAUAAAAUUGACAUUCGGAGUCUCGGGAAACGCACGAAAGCGUGAUUCAUACAGUAUAUAGCAGCAAUUCAUGAGCAUUCCUACAGUGCGUCAAUGUUGCGCGAUUACUUGCCAACAAGGCUGUGUCUGCACUCUCAACGAAGAUAUCUAUGCUAGAGAAGAUGGACAAAGUUCUCGGGUAUUUCGAUCUUGUACUGAAGUUCGGGUUAGUUGGCUUCGAGGCUCAUCCUUUCGGCGACGACCGGUUGGGCACGAUACGAUUGCUAAUUGGGUUUGUUUUUGUAACGUCGAGGAACAGACCACUUCCAGUGAAGGCGUUGCAUGCCUUAAUUCCUUCCGAGUUCGAACUGGAGGAGCUAAUCGAAACUUUGCAAAAAUUGGGCUCAGUGAUUACUGUGGAACCUCAGACAGGUGUUAUCCGUACCUGUCAUCCGUCAUUCCUGGACUUUGUCAGUAGUCAGGAACGGGCAAGAGAUUAUUGGCUCGAGAGUUCAGUAUUGGACAUGAAAAUGGCGGAGGGGUGUCUCGACAUUUUGGUAUCCGGACUCAAAUUCAAUAUUUGUAAUCUGGAAACCUCUUAUUUGCCGAAUGGCAAAGUUCGCGACCUCGCAGAUCGAAUUCGCAAGUUUAUUCCCCAUGAGUUACAAUACAGCUGCCUGUACUGGCUGGAUCACCUAUCGAGGGCUCGAGUCGAUGAGCCGUGCGAAGCACCAUACAGCGGAAACUUCAAGGCGACAUCAAUUCUACGGGAUCUUCCGCGUUUGGUCAAGACCAUACACGCAGAUGAGGCACUGCGCGACGUUACGACGGAUUUAUACCGCUUCGUGAUGGCUUUUCAUGAACCGAUAGCAAUCAGUGCUCCGCAUGUGUAUAUUUCAGCAUUACCCUGGGCGCCUUCCAAGUCUGUUAUUGCAGAAUCACAGCACCGGAAAUUUAGCAACGGACAAUUGGUUCUUGAAGGGCUCGAAGAGCGCUGGCCAGCCGCGCUGCGUACACUGUCAGCAGAUUCAGGGGUAUACUCGAUUGCAUAUUCUCCGGAUGGACGUCAGGUUGCCUCCGGUUCAUUAGACAACAUCAUCCACAUCUGGGAUGCUGAGACAGGCGUAUCUAUCGGUGAAUCACUUCAAGGGCAUGAGUCUUCAGUUCUUUCCGUCGGGUAUUCUCCGGAAGGACGUCGCAUCGUCUCCGGGUCUAAGGAUUACACCAUCCGCAUCUGGGAUACUGAGUCGGGUGCUUCUGUCUGCGAGCCGAUUCGAGGGCAUGAAUCCUGGGUUAUCUCCGUUAGAUAUUCCCCAGACGGACGUCACAUUGCUUCUGGAUCUUCUGACAAGACCAUACGCAUCUGGGAUGCUGAGACAGGUUCUCCCGUCACUAAACCACUUCGAGGGCACAGGGAUUCGGUCCGUUCCGUUGGAUAUUCUCCAGACGGUCGUUGUAUCGUCUCUGGGUCUGGUGACAAAACGAUCCGUAUUUGGGAUGCCAAGACAGGUGUCUCCAUCAGUAAACCAUUUCGAGGGCAUGAACAAUUGGUUAACUCCGUUGCAUAUUCGCCAGACGGACGUUGCAUCAUCUCCGGGUGUGGUGACGGAACCAUUCGCAUCUGGAAUGCUGAGACAGGUGAUCCCAUCGGUGAACCACUCUGGGGACAUGAAUCUUGGGUCAAUUCCGUUGGAUAUUACCCAGACGGACGCUGGAUUGUCUCCGGGUCUUACGACGAGACCGUGCGCAUUUGGAAUGCUGAGACAGGUACGCCUCGCUGCGGACCACUUCGAGGGCAUGGAGAUUAUAUCAGUUCCGUUGGAUAUUCUCCAGACGGACGUCACAUUAUCUCUGGGUCUCACGACAAGACCAUCCGCAUCUGGGAUGCUGAGGCUGGGGCUCCCAUAACUGAACCGCGUAGGGGGCACAAAGAUUCGGUCCGUUCCGUUGGGUAUUCGCCGGACGGGCGUCGCAUCGUUUCCGGGUCCGAGGACAGGACCAUUUGCAUCUGGGAUGCUGGGACGGGCGCUCCCAUUGCUGGACCACUUCAGGGACAUGAAGAUUUAAUCCGUUCCGUUGGAUAUUCGCCAGACGGACGUCACAUCGUUUCUGGGUCUGAUGAUAAGACCAUCCGCAUCUGGGAUGCCGAGACAGGUGCUCCCAUCUCCGGACCACUUCGAGGGCAUAGAGAUUCGGUCCGGUCCGUAGAAUAUUCACCAGACGGACGUCGCAUUGUCUCCGGGUCUUCUGACUGGACGGUCCGUAUCUGGGACGCCGAGACAUGUUUUCCAAUCGGUGAACCACUUCGAGGGCAUGAAGAACAGGUUCAUUGUGUUAAAUAUUCUCCGGAUGGACGUUGCAUCGUUUCCGGUUCUUCCGACGAGACAAUCCGCAUCUGGGAUGCUCAGACAGGUGCUCUGAUUAGUGGUCCACUUCGUGGGCAUGAUGAUUCGGUCUAUUCCAUUGACUAUUCGCCAGACGGACGUUACGUUGUUUCUGGAUCUUAUGAUGAGACCAUCCGUAUCUGGGAUUCUGAAACCGGUGCUUCUGUUGGUGAGCCACUUUGCGGACACGAAGGACCAGUUAACUCUGUUGGAUAUUCACCAGAUGGAUGUCGCAUCGUCUCUGGGUCUCAUGAUGGCACUAUCGUCAUCUGGAACGCCGAGACUCAGCUGCUAUUGGCGAACCACUUCGAGGGCAUGAAGACCAUCCGUAUCUGGGAUGCCACUCGUCAUGAUUUUGCGAGAGGGUUGCAUGAAUAUCAAGAUGCCCUAAUUGGAUUCUCACGAGAUGGCAAGUAUGUCGUAUCCAAUGCUAUUGAUGAUAGCACCCUUUUGCGUAUUCCCCCUUCCAUUCCAACUGACGGAUGGAUUCGGACCUCGGAUGGAGGUCUUCUGUUGUGGGUGCCUCACGAAUAUCGGAAUGGCGUUUGUGAUAUGAGACUUUAUACCCUUCCACGUAGUGCAUCCGGACGUCGCGUGAGGAUUGAUUGGUCAAAACUAUCACAUGGUGCCUCAUGGACUUCGUGA